UUCCGAAUAGGCUUAGGCGUGUGUAACUCAGACGCCCGGCGCAGAAACGUCAACAUUGAAAAUCGAAACGUACAAUACAAUGAUCGAUCUUCAGACAGAAAGGGUUUUCCAAGGACCCGACCUGAGACCGGAAAAACGUGUUCUUUGUGGAUAAUUUUUUUUUGCUUCUGAUUUUAGGUUGCUUUGGGUCAUGGCAAGAGGGGCCAUCAAAGAAGAGAGAGAAGAGAGGAGAAGAAGAUGGAAAUGGGCGUUAGGAGCUUUCGUUGUGGUGUUAUUGGCAGUCGCAGUGAGCUCGAGGGCUGCUUCCAAUGUCGGUCUCUUGUUCGGCGAUCGCAAAUCCUGUAGCUGUUCUCUUCAGGGUUCGGGUAAAUACAAAGGUAUGAUUGAGGGCUGUUGUUGUGAUUACGAAACAGCUGAUAGCCUCAAUACUGAGGUUCUACACCCUUUGCUUCAAGAGCUCGUCACAACACCAUUUUUCCGGUACUUUAAGGUUAAACUGUGGUGUGACUGCCCAUUCUGGCCUGAUGAUGGCAUGUGCCGCUUGCGUGAUUGCAGUGUCUGUGAAUGUCCGGAGAAUGAGUUCCCGGAACCUUUUAAAAAGCCAUAUCGGCAUGGUCUUCCUUCUGAUAAUCCGGUUUGUCAAGAGGGAAAACCAGAAUCAACUGUGGACCGUACUAUAGAUAACAGAGCUUUCAAAGGAUGGGUCGAAACAGAUAACCCAUGGACGCAUGACGAUGAGACAGAUAAUGGUGAGAUGACUUAUGUUAAUCUUCUACUAAAUCCUGAAAGGUAUACUGGUUAUAUCGGUCCAUCAGCUAGAAGGAUAUGGGAUGCAAUAUAUUCAGAGAACUGCCCAAAAUAUUCUUCUGGGGAGAUCUGUCCAGAGAAAAAGGUUUUGUACAAGCUAAUAUCUGGUCUCCAUUCUUCUAUCUCAAUGCACAUAGCUGAUGAUUAUCUUCUUGAUGAGUCAAGCAACCAGUGGGGACAAAAUAUCGAACUGAUGUAUGAUCGAGUUCUGAGAUAUCCGGAUCGUGUCAGAAAUCUGUACUUCACUUAUCUCUUUGUCCUACGCGCUGUAACUAAAGCAACAGAGUACUUGGAGCAGGCAGAGUAUAACACAGGCAACCAUGCUGAAGAUCUAAAAACACAAUCAUUGAUUAAACAGUUAUUGUACAACCCGAAACUCCAGACAGCAUGCCCUGUUCCGUUUGAUGAAGCUAAGCUGUGGCAAGGUCAAAGUGGACCAGAACUGAAGCAGCAGAUCCAGAAACAAUUCAGAAAUAUAAGUGCACUGAUGGAUUGUGUAGGAUGUGAAAAAUGCCGGCUUUGGGGGAAGCUUCAGGUUCAGGGUCUGGGAACAGCUUUGAAAAUUCUCUUCUCGGUCAACAAUCAGCACAUGGGUGAACAUAUUCUCCAACUGCAAAGGAAUGAAGUGAUUGCACUGGUGAAUUUGCUCAACCGCCUUUCAGAAUCGGUGAAAAUUGUUCAUGAUAUGGGACCCUCUGUGGAGCAGAUUAUGGAAAAGCAGACAUCUAAUGUAAUGGUUCAACAUGGAAGAUUGAGAAGAAUAUGGGAUUCAGCCGUCGCCUUCUGGCCAGGGAGAUCACCGUCGUGACUAACUAAGCAAAUAUUUGACGAGUUCAUACACUGGAUUCUGGUAAAUGAGAAAAGAGAAGGUAUAGAUUCUUGAGGUUACAAAUGUAGACAUGCAGAAGCAUAGAUUGGACUCGAAGAACCUCGAUAUCAUGUAAUGGAGAUUUCUAGUUUCUUAAACAGAGAUUGCACAUUUUUGGGGUUUGGAAAGUAAAAUUAUCUUUGCUGAUGCCU